AUGUGUACGAGGCGUUACACGGACCCUGUAUAUCUUCAGUUCAUUUGGGAUGCUAUCGAAUUCCCAUCACCUGAUAGGAAUUGUGAUUUUGAUUUUAUAUUGAAGUUUGUUUGCAAUGAACGUGACCCAAAAUGCGAUGCUGCAAAGCUUCGUGAACAACUGGAAAAUGCGUUACGGGACAAAUGUAUAACUCUUUCAGGGUUGCGAUACAAAAAAGUAGACUGGUCGUGCAUUUCUCCAUGCUCGGGACACGAUUCAUACUGCUUUCAAUGUCACCUUCCUGGUCCUGUAGUUGAUUGCCCAACUUGCUUCAGAGUUUAUCAUGAGAGCUGUUUCAAACGUGCUUUUGAGGCGAACGCGUUCAUCACUUUCCCAGACGAGCAUUAUCAAGGUCCCGAUAUCUCUAAUGGGGUCUCUUCCUCUUGUCUAACCUGUAGACGCCUUGCUAACACCCGCUUGGACAAAGAAACAACGUCUUUUGAUCUCCGCUCUAUUUAUUCUAUAGUACUUGAGAAAGUUAAAGGCAAAGCGCCCUGGCGUACUCUUCAUACAGUCGGUUAUGUUGACGAAUUUUAUCGUAACCGAUACUUUUCUUUUAAACCAAUGAAUACUCGAAUCAUUACUGACAAACUGAGAAAUGACCCUUCUUCGGAGGGUUAUCCCAACCGCACUCAUAUUUUAGCGGAUUUGGAUCUUCUGAUUCACAAUGCAGCUGUUAUUUAUGGGUCGAAAGCCGACAUGACCAACACCGCACGUCACAUACGAUCACUCCUUCAAAAGGAGCUACGAGAAUCUUCGCUCUGUGUUGACUGCUACCUACGCUCAAAGGGUGGAAAACCAGAUCAGAGACAGAUUGUGGAGGCCUGUCGAAAGCCCCAUAAAAUGAUCUGGUUUCAAUACAGUAGCUGGUCUUUUCGACCUUGCAAGGUACUUUACCAAACCAACGAUGGUUAUGAGGUUAUUUGCUUUGACGGGCGCAGAGAGCGACAAUUCGUACCGUUAAACAAUGCUGUAGCGAUGACAUUCUCGGCCUCUCAUUUGGGAAUGCGAUUCACCGCCCCUCUUAAGCGUGCCCUCGUUGAAGCGCGGAGAUACGCAGAAAACCAGCGCAGGAUCACACCCGAUUUCACUCCAGGAGAGGGUUUGAUGCUUUGUGACAUCCCCGCUGAGUCUAUAGAGUCUGACUACCUUGAGAGUAUCAAUCAUACCAAUAACAAGUCUCCUAGAGUGGGGUCAAAAAGACCUCGGGCCCAUACCAAAAAGAAGUCGUCGUCGCAAGCUAGGCACUUUUUAGCCACAAAUGCUGGAACUACUAGCAAAACUGAGGCCGCCCUUGAUAAAUCUCGUGUUCCUACUCCUUCGCUCUCAGCAUCAUGUGAUACUCUUCGUCCUGUCUCAGCCGUUCCACUCGCACAUCGUCUUUCGAAUAAUAAGCACUCCUCUUCCCUCAGUGACAGCGAUAACGAUUCAAGCAUCUCUAGCUGUAGUUUGAGCACUAGUGCCUCUGGUAGCAAACGUUACUUGUCAAAGCGCCCAAAUCACCGUUUGGUAGCCGUUUCUUCCGCUGCAAAAAAGGCUGUGCUCUCCUCCCGCUCAUCGGACUCUACAACACCUGCCACCACAGUUGGUGUUGCUGCUACCGCUUCUCAACCACCAUUACCAAAAUCUUCAGUCGUGCCUUCAACUCGACCAUUUCUAAGCAGGCCAGAUGUCACAGACAGUGACUCAGAUUCCGCCUCAUCUCCUCUGGAAUCCUGUUCAUCUCGACUGGCUGGGAAGUCCUUGCCUUCUUCAAUUCGCAGAAAUCGAAGUAUUAGCAGCAGUAGUAGCACUGUAAGCAGUGGAACUGUGGUAGAAAGUGAUUCUUCUCUUGUGAAAAAUACUGGUUCUACGCUGAAUCGGCGAAAACCUGGCAGUGCCAAUAACGAAAUCAAAAGGCCACCAAAAUCUUUGAAAAUGGAACAAAUGGAGUUUAUUUCGGAGAAAUCUAACUCUUGUCGCCCAAAGGAUGUGUCUCCUAGUAUUAUUACGCAGGAAAAUGCGGCGCCGACUGGCGAGAUCAGCAAAAAUGCCAGUGUCAAGAGAGGCAGGACGGUUGGUGGUCCUUCUGGCAGCGCCUCAAAACCCGCUUCAAUGCCGCGCAUAACAGUGGAGAACAAUUUCAUGAAGCGCAAUCCCCUUCCUCCAGUGUGUACCACAACCUCAUCUGUCUCUUCUGUGUCUCCUGCUGCUCUCUCAUCCAGUUCCGGUAUCGGUUCAAGUGUCAGCGGCGAUACGAAAUCUGUAGAAACGUCUCCCGGUGACUUGCAGUGCAAUGGACAUUCUGGUACUACGCACGGCGAUUCUACAGCAAUCAAAUCUGAGGAUCGUAUUCAACGUUCAAUGAAUGAACGUCUUGAAGCUUUGACCCUGGAGCGCGACAUAGCUAACAGGCGACUCCGUGAGUUGGAGCAGUACAUUAGGGAUCUAGAACAAAGGCAUGAGAAGGAGAUUCUCCAAACAAAGAGAUCGGCUUGGUGUGUACGCUGUCUAAAGCAGGCUCGCUACUACUGUUGCCCUGGUGUGGCCUACUGUUCUGUCGACUGUCAGAUGAAGGAUUGGACCAUGGGCCACAAUAGAGCCGUAUGUCACUUCUUAGCCGGUAGUGUCGAAGUGCAAAAGUCGUCUGUUGUGCGUCUAGUGAAACAUUCGGUGUGUGGAGAUAAAGAGCCGAUAUGA